AAGAAUAUGGGGCCAUGGUAAGAAAACCGUUGUGAACUGCAACUCUCUAUGCUUAGCUAGCCUGCCAUCCAGUCUCUUCGAUUCUCCCAUCUCACCGUUCCCAUUUCUCUUCAAUUAAUGACCAAGCUAGAGAAAGGAGAAGAAAAAGGUGGAAGGGAGGAAAUCAGUGGUGGCAGAAGAAGGAAGCAGUAGCCUUCUGCUCUCUUUCCCAGUACGAAGUCGAUCUUCCAAAUUCCCAGGAUCACAAAUUCAACUUCUUCUCGAACUAAGAGAAGAUUUCCCUGCUUUAUCUGAUGAUGUCGCCCCAAAGCUGACAACUUUUCUCCUCCAGCAAUUUGUAAAUUGAAUUUAUCGCGGCCCCCGAAAAUGGCGAAGAGGAUGAUGCGCAGGGUAGCAGGGAUGAACAUUGAACAAGUUGCGGAGGUCUUCAAUGCUCUUUAUGAAGAGAAGAAGCCCUUUUCCCCGUUUUUGAUCCCUUUGCUGUUGUUUCUUUGGUGCAUUGAGAGGUGGGUUUUCGCUCUGUCCAAUUGGGUUCCUCUUGGUGUUGCGGUUUGGGCUCUUCUGCAGUAUUCGAAUCAUCAGAAAAGAAUGCUUGUGGAAGAUCUGAACAGAAAGUGGAAGCGAGUUAUAUUAAGAACAUCGGCAACAACUGCUGUAGAACACUGUGAGUGGCUGAACAAGAUGUUGCUGGAAAUUUGGCUGAAUUAUUUCAACCCAAGGCUUUCGACAAGGUUCUCGAACAUAGUGGAGAGACUCUUAAAAGAUCGCAAACCCAAGCUCAUAGAAUGGGUUGAACUGCAGGAGUUUUCGCUAGGCUCAUCCCCACCUAGAUUGGGCCUUAAUGGUACUCGCUGGGCAACUUCAGGUGAUCAGCUAGUCAUGCACAUGGGUUUUGAUUGGGACACUCGUGACAUGACCAUCAUGCUGUUGGCUAAACUCGCAAAGCCUUUGGGAACUGCUCGUAUUGUUAUUAACAGCCUGCAGAUCAAGGGCGAUCUUCUCUUGAUGCCAAUUUUGGAAGGCAGAGCAUUUCUUUACUCUUUUGUGUCAACUCCCGAUGUAAGAAUAGGAGUUGCUUUCGGAAGUGGGGGAAGCCAAAAUCUACCUGCCACUGAGCUUCCCGGGGUUUCCUCUUGGCUGGUCAAACUUUGCUCUGACACCUUAGAUAAAACAAUGGUUGAGCCUCGACGUCGAUGUUUCUCCUUACCGGCUGUGGACUUGAGAAAGAAGGUUGUUGGUGGGAUUGUACAUGUAACGGUUGUUUCAGCUAGUAAAAUUUCUAGGGCUAGUUUCAAGGGAAGUCCAACAAGAAAGCUGGAACAGAGUUCAGAAGAGGGUGUUAAUGAUAAAGAUUACCAGACAUUUGUGGAAGUCGAGCUUGGUCAAUUAACACGGAAGACAAAUGUACGGCCAGGCUCAAGUCCUAAAUGGAAUUCGACUUUCAACAUGGUGCUACAUGAAGAAACUGGAAUGUUGCGGUUCAAUCUUUGCAACUGUAACCCUGGCAGUGUGAAGUAUGACUAUCUAGCAAGUUGUGAGAUCAAGAUGAAGUAUGUUGCAGAUGAUUCAACAGUUUUUUGGGCAAUAGGGCCUGACUCUAAUAUAAUUGCGAAGCAUGCUGAGUUCAGCGGAAGAGAAGUCGAAAUGAUUGUUCCAUUCGAAGGGCCAAACUUUGGGGAGUUGGCUGUGACGCUUGUGGUAAAGGAAUGGCAAUUCUCGGACGGUACACACAGCCUGAACAAGUACAAAAGCAGCUCUCAACAAUCUGUGGAUGGAUCAUCGAUUCUUCCAUCAAGAACUGGACGAAAGAUCAAUGUAACGGUUGUGGAAGGACAAGAUUUAACUGUCAAAGAAAGAUCUGGCAAGUGUAACCCAUAUGUCAAGUUGCAGUAUGGAAAGGCAGUCCAGAAGACCAAGACUUCAGACUCUCCCAACCCUACCUGGAACCAAAAGUUUGAAUUUGAAGAGAUUGGAGGAGAUGAAUACCUUAAGAUCAAAAGCUAUACCGAAGAAGUGUUUGGAGAUGAAAGCAUCGGUAGUGCAAGGGUAAAUUUGGAAGCUUUAGUUGAGGGUUCAAUAAGGGAUGCAUGGAUUCCUCUGGAGAAAGUAAACUCAGGAGAACUGCGGCUUCAGAUAGAAGCAGUGAAAGUUGAUGAGGAUGAUGGGUCAAAGGGGAUAACAUUUCUCCGGUAUUUUUCCAGAGCAUGACAUCAAGUUCACCUGUUGGCUGGAUUGAACUUGAAAUCAUUGAAGGGAGGGACCUUAUUGCUGCCGAUCUUAGAGGGACAAGUGAUCCAUACGUUAGGGUGCAAUAUGGAAACUUGAAGAGGCGGACAAAGGUGAGCUGACAUAAUAUGUUAAGGAUCUUUGAAUUCCAUUUCUGGGCUGUGAAGUUUACCUAGAUGGGUGCUCACCAACUUCAUUUGCAUCUUCACCUGAUAUAAUUUCCCCCCAUCUAAAGGUAGUCUUCAAAACUCUCACUCCACAAUGGAACCAGACGUUAGAGUUUCCUGAUGAUGGCAGUCCCUUGGAGUUGCAUGUCAAAGACCACAAUGCCUUGCUACCUGGAUCCAGUAUAGGUGACUGUGUUGUAGAGUAUCAAAGGUUGCCUCCAAACCAAACUUUCGACAAGUGGAUACCUCUGCAAGGCGUGAAAAGAGGCGAGAUACACAUUCGAGUCACCAGGCGAGUCCCUGAACAACCAAAGAGAACUAGUUCGGAUUCCGAAGGCUAUUUGAGCAACUCUCAUCAAAUUACAGGCCAGUUGAAGCAGAUGAUGGGCAAGCUCAAAUCUUCUGUCGAAGGUGGGAAUCUUGAUGCAGUUUCAUUAGCUUUGAGUGAGAUGGAAAGUGUAGCAGAGGCUCAAGAAGAGUACAUGGUGCAGCUCGAGACCGAGCAAAUACUUCUGCUUAACAAGAUAAAAGAGCUUGGUGAAGAAAUCAUCAACGCUCCACCAGUCUUGGAAAGAAGAUCCUCUUCUGCAAUAUAACAUCCUCUACUUUUCCUCCAUUAUACAGGCCGUCAUUAGAUAUUGAAAGAGCAAAUUUGUAUCAAACCAGUAGCAGUACAGUGAUUGAAUAUAUUAACUCCAAAAAGCGGGAAUGAUAUCAUAUCAGAUGUCACCAUUAAUUUCUGUUUCUUUUCUUGUUUGACGUGUCUAUCAAGUAACCUUGGGUUGAAGACUUGAAGUCGAA